AUGGGCGGAUAUCAAGAUCAACCAAGACCCAUGGGAUUUCAAAACAAUCUCAAACCAAAUUGGAGGAAUAACCAAAACAACCCUUAUCCACCAAAGCAAAAUCCACCAAAUCUUUUGAUGAGACCUCAACAUCCACAAUACCCCUCUCAAAAACCUCCAUAUCCACAAACUUCUUAUAACUCUCCAAAUUACCAACAACCUCCACAACAAGGCCAAUCAAGUGGUAACCAUCAAAUGAGCCUUCAAGAACUCGUUACUUCUCUUGCUCAAAGCCAAAGCCAGUUUCAACAAGAGACCAAUAAUACCUUCUCAAACAUUCAAGCACAAAUCGGAGACUUGGCCACCGCUCUCAACAAGAUGGAACAAAGGGGAAAAAUUCCACCUCAAACCGAGAAGAACCCCAAUGUGAGUGCAAUAACUUUGAGAAGUGGGAAAACACUUGGAGAAAGCAACCCUAAAAGAGUUUCAAGAGAAGAAGAAGAUGAAGUCAUCAUGGUUGAACCUUCAAAAGUUGUAGUUCCCCCAAAGGAACCGGUUGUGCCAAACGUUGAUCAACCCGACUCUUCCAACAAACCCAUCAAACCAUUGGUUAUACCACCUCCCUUCCCUUCCCGGUUAGCAUUUUUCAAGAAGAUAGAGGAAGAAAAUGAAUUAUUUGAAACUUUUCGCAAGGUCCAAAUCAACAUUCUGUUGGAUUAG